AUGGAAGCGGCAGCUUUCAAGGAUCUCUCAGUUUUGAUCGUCGGCGCUGGGCUGUCGGGAGUGAUGCUAGCGCCAUUUAUAGAAAAGCUAGGAAUCAACUACACUAUCCUUGAAAGAUCACAGGCAGUUGGACUUUUAGGUGCAGCACUGUAUAUGUCUGCGAACAUCUUGCCUGCGUUUGAGAAGCUGGGUCUCCUCGAAGAAAUUCAGGCAAUAUCUAAGGGAUGUCCGAUUUAG